AUGUCGCUCACCAUCCUGCUGCACGUCGCACAGAUCGUGCUGUACCCACCGCUCGAUGCAGCCAGCCAGCGGUCGGUGCGACAGAGCCAACCGCCAGCAACCGCGAUAGAGCCGGCCAUUUUGCGACCACUGGCGACCACUGCGGCGGCGGUAAGGGGAGGCGGCGGCGGCGAGCGGCUGAUGAUUGUGACUGCGACGCAGCCCGGCCCGUGUACCACCCGGCGCGGUGACCACGUGCUGAGCCUAGCGCUCAAGAAUAAGUGGCAGUUUGCGACGAUGCACGGGCACGGCAUGUGGCUGUCGAGCGAGCUGCUCUCGCCGUGGGACCUGGCCGGUCAAUGGAACAAGGUCGCCGUCCUCGCGGCGCUCAUGCAGCCCGCGUCUGAGGCGCGCGGUGGCGCCUCGUGGCUUCUCUGGGCGGACGACGACGUCCUCUUCUCGGAUAUGUCCUUCCGCUUCCCGCUCGGCCAGUACGAGGCGCAGGAGGCGUGGCUAGUGCUGUGGGGCGACGAGCGGAUGACAUACGAGCUCGGCGACUCGGAGGGGGUCAACACAGGGACGAUGCUGCUGCGCGUGUGCGAUUGGUCGCGCACCUCGACGCUGCACUACGUGCUCCGCUCGGGCUGGCACCCGCGCGUCGCGCUCAACAAGGGCGAGAAGGAGGUGCACCACUUCUCCCUCGACGACAACCACGCCAUGGGCCCGGCCCGCUACCAGGCGCGGGAGGGGGCGGCGACACAGCAAGCACGGUGGGACGGCGAGGGCGCGCAGCUGGGCACUUGCCCAGGCCGGGAGGACGAGGUGCUGCGGCGCGCGUUUGCGCUGCUCCCCUUCGCCAAGGUCGUGCUGCUGCUGCGCGAGCCUGCGGCGCACCUCGCCUCCUCCUCCAGCAGCAGCGUGAUGGCGUUGGAGCACGGCGUAAGCGGCUGGGAGCGCACGUCGGCGCUCGGCGGGAGGGACGGAAUGGUCACAUCUUGUCGUCGUGGGCAGGUCAAGGAGCAUGCAGUGGGCCCGUUCCAGCUCGCCGCCGCCCUCAAGGUGUGGGCGCGCUGCCAAACGCCGGGCGGCGACGGCCUCGACGCGUCGUGCCUCGGCGCCGAUUUUGUCGAGAAGCUCCCCAAUCGCACGCGGCGCGAGCGGCGCGAAAUCGACGUGUGCCUCGCAGCGCUGGAAGCCGACGCGCCCCCCCUCUCGUUGGGUGGCCGCCGCUGCCUCGGGCUGCCGAUCCUCUCGCAGCGCAAGCUGUACAAGCGGAUGGAGGACGGCGCGUACGUCUAUCGAUCGAUACGAGCCGCGGUGCGGGUGCGGGUGCGGUGCAUUAGCGGCGGAACUGCGUGCAACUGA